CCGACGAUGAAUGCGAACAGUACCAUAGUGGUGAACCCUAAAAGGUCUCCCCCAACACCACUGAUGAUUUGGCAAUGGAAUUGUCGCUCAUACCGCGGCAAGCAAAAUUCACUAUCACUGUUUGCAAACGUACAUUCACCGGCCGUUAUCGCUCUUCAGGAAACUGGCACAGAUCAGAUAACGCUCAGGGGGUACACCACGUUUAUCACCGAUCCUGCCUCACGAACGGCCACUUUGGUUCAGACAACUCAGACAGCGCAGGCACACACCCUCCCCACAACUUUGGACUAUGUUUUCGUAGAACUUAUCCCAAAAAAGAAGACACAAGCCAGCCUUUUCAUCCUCAACAUAUAUAGCCCCCCAUCGUCACCCCUCAAUGAAAUUGACCGCCUCUUCAAGACCGUUAGACAAAGAACAAAAGGGCACGGACUGGUGAUCAUUGGUGAUUUCAACGCGCAUCACACAAUAUGGGGUUACCAUAGGGACAACAAAAAAGGAAGGCAACUCCAUGAAGCCAUUAGACAAAACAAUCUUCACUUGUGUAAUGCCCCAGAUACCCCCACGCGGAUGGGUAAUAGUGUCUCACGAGACACUACUCCGGACCUUACGCUUACUUAUGGACUCAAAGAUCCAACGUGGGAAUGCCUCACAGAAACAUUGGGAAGUGACCAUUAUAUCAUACAGCUACAGCUCCCCCAUCAUGAAGCAGCAGCACAAAGAAUACGCACUGCCCGUCUCACCGAUUGGAGAAAAUUCCGGGAAAUAACACCCACCAGUCCCAUCCACGCGAUUGAAGAAUGGACAGCACAAAUGUUGGAGGCAGCUAAAAAGCACACUAAGGAAUUACCGUUAACCCAAGACUGCCCCGCAAUUGACGCACACCUCUUACACCUAUGGGAGGCCCGACGAGGGCUAACAAAACGCUGGAAAAAACGGAGAACCAAUCGAAAACUUCGUCUUCGUAUAGCCCAGAUAACACUAGAAGCGGCAACAUAUGCCAUACACCUCAGCCAACAGAAUUGGUCGCAGUUCUGCACGAAGCUACAGGAUUUGGCAUGGAAGAAUCUGACACAUUACGGAUUGUACAAGCCAUACUCAUUAGCCGGGUCGCCUAUGGCACGCCAUAUUUGUCCCUCAAAAGAACCGAAAAAUCAAAAAUUAAUAUUGCCCUGCGCCAAGCAUACAAGACCGCCUUAG